GGCUGAGGAGCUUUCUGGCCCACUAAUUUGGUGAUAUUUGUGAGCCAUAAGGUUAAUGAAUAUGAUAAAUGGGUCGUUUAAGCUGGGCGCGGCCCGCGUGCUGUCGGGUUGGCAGUGUCUAGUGCCAGCGCUGCAGGACAACGGCAACAUGAACGGCAGCUCGGAGCAGCAGGACAUCCUGCCCCCAAACUGCAUGGUGAAGGACCGCUGGAAAGUGCUGAAGAAGAUUGGUGGUGGGGGCUUUGGGGAGAUUUACGAGGCGCUGGACCUGCUGACCCGGGAGAACGUGGCACUGAAGGUGGAGUCGGCCCAGCAGCCCAAACAGGUGCUGAAGAUGGAGGUGGCCGUGUUGAAGAAGCUGCAGGGUAAAAACCACGUCUGUAAGUUUAUCGGUUGUGGAAGAAACGAUAAAUUCAACUACGUCGUCAUGCAGCUUCAGGGCCGUAACCUGGCAGAUCUGAGGCGGAGUCAGCCACGAGGAACCUUCACCAUGAGCACCACUCUGAGACUGGGCAAGCAGAUCCUAGAGGCCAUCGAAGCCAUUCACUCAGUGGGCUUCCUGCACAGAGACAUCAAACCGUCUAAUUUCGCUAUGGGGAGACUUCCGUCCACCUGCAGGAAGUGCUACAUGCUGGACUUCGGGCUCGCGCGACAGUACACCAACACCAACGGAGAAGUGCGACCGCCCAGAACUGUAGCUGGUUUCCGCGGGACCGUCCGGUACGCAUCAGUGAACGCCCACAAAAACAAAGAAAUGGGCCGCCAUGAUGACCUGUGGUCACUCUUCUACAUGCUGGUGGAGUUUGCUGUUGGUCAGCUGCCCUGGAGAAAGAUUAAAGACAAGGAGCAGGUCGGUCAGGUUAAAGAGCGUUAUGACCACAGGAUGCUGCUGAAGCACAUGCCCUCAGAAUUCCACAUCUUCCUGGACCAUGUACUGGCACUGGACUACUACACCAAGCCUGACUACCAGCUGCUGAUGUCGGUGUUUGAGAACAGUAUGAAGGAGCGAAUCAUCACUGAGAACGAGCUCUAUGACUGGGAGAAAACGGGAACAGACACCAUGCUGACGUCCAACAGCGCUACGCAACAGCACACACGGCCGACGGCAGCGAUGGUCGGGGUGCUAAAUAUGACCCCUGUCCCGGGUGACCUUCAGAGAGAGAACACUGACGACGUUCUACAGGACGAGCACCUGAGCGACCAGGAGAACGCUCCCCCUGCUGGACGGCCGGAGAGCGGCCCGGCGCCCCCUGAUGGAGACGGCUGGGAGGACACUGACUUUAACCGCAACAAACUCAGGAUCAGCCUGAGCAAAGGUCAGGAGGAGGAGGGUAACCGGGGUGUGUGUCCUGUAUCGCCGCAGAGGGGCGGAGGAGGGGCGGAGUCUCCCAGUGCACAGGUGCGCUCACUCAGGUAAGGAAUGAGGAGGAUUCUCCCAGCACACAAACACACCAUCUGUAUCUGCAGUUUGCGUUGUGUUUUGUUCCGUAGGUCCAGGAUGGACAUGCUCGGUUCUCCAUCUCGUCACCUCUACUCCUCCCAGCCUGCCCAGAUGCUGUCCAUAGAUGGUUGCCGUGGUGACCGCGGCCGUAAUGAGGCCUCAGCAUCGGUGGACCCGGAAGCCCACAGUAACGCCUUCAUCCGCUCCGUACCGCUCGCCGAGGAGGAGGACUUCGACAGCAAGGAGUGGGUCAUCAUUGACAAGGAGGCGGAGCUAAGGGACUUCCAGCUCCGCCCAGGCGCAGAGCCGACCACGUCCGGCACCACGGACGAGGAACCGGAGGAACUGCGCCCCCUGGAGGAGGGCGAGGAGCGCCGGAGACACCGGGCGGGGGACCAGGCGGUCCGGCCCAAACUGACCCCAGGAGAUAGGAACAUGCGACUGACGGAGGCGGAGGUGUCCAGGCGGAGUGGGCGGGGCCAGUCCACAUCAGCCGACAGUCCGGCUCAGUCACCGUGCCACUCUCUACCAUCUGGCCGGGCGAGAAGAAGAGAGUCGGAACCCAUGGGACCUCACAGACAGGCCUCAGUCCCAAGUGAACCCCUGCUCUCUCCGACUGACUACCGGACCAAGGCUCCAUUCUCCGAGAAGGAGAUGUUCCACAUCCUUCCCAAGCUGCAGGCCAAGCGGGCUGACUUCCUCACAGUCAUGCUGACGGGGAGCCUGCAUCAGCGCCGUGCCUUCAUCGCCACGCCUCCAGACACUCAGGAUGAUGGUCCGAGGGACGAUGAUGUGACCAAGAGCGAUUCGGACAGUGGGGAGAGCGAGAAGAGCACGGAGCGAAGCCAAGAUGGAGCUCCCUCCACCUUACUGGCCGAUGAUCCUCAGAAGGGACCCAAGGAACCUGGUUCAGUGGCUGAAGUUGACCCUGAUCAAGAGGAUAUUUCCAAAACCCUUGUUCUGUUCUCUCCGGGAGAUAUGAGGAAGUCCCCGAAUUCUGGGGAAGUGGUUGAAACGUGCCAAGCAGCAGCUACAACAGAAGCUCCUCAGGCUGAGAAAUCUGUUGAGAAAGCUGUGGUGGACUGUCAACCUUUGGAGGACAGGCAACCUGUACAAGAACCCUCGGUGAGCCAGUCUAAGACUGCUGAUCAUGGAGUACCCAUUUUAGUCAAGCAGAAGGGUAACCUCUCAGUUCCGGUACCAGUCACAACAGCUUCUGCUGCAUCUCCUCCUUUCACCAAAGUGGAGCGCACCUUCAUCCACAUCGCUGAGACCACACAUCGCAAUGUCAUGUCUUCCAAUGGUCCACAGGUCCAGGAGUGCAUCCCUGAAAUAUCAGCUCUUGUGGAAGACUUACCACGUGAAGGGGAACCCCAGAAGGGUAAGAACAGUGUCACCACCCCUUCAGAACCAGAAGGACCAGGAGGCGUUCAAUCUGAAAUCUCCUCUCAGACUCCCACUGAGGAACCUCAAGUACUUACUGUGCUUGAUGGGACUGUACCUGUCCAGAUUGGCACCAGAGAGGACAUACUUGUCCCUCCUGUUUCUUUGGAGAAACAGGAACCCAUCCAAAGAGACAGAUCCAGCAAGGGGAGUCAGGAAGCUUUACCAGAACCGCCCAAAGAAGAGUCCCAGCAAGGGACAUCAGAAGAUGAUAUAGGAACAAAAAUUGUCAAACAUUCCGUAUCUCCCCGGCCAAAGAGCAGGAGCCGCAUUCCCAUCUUGGUGUCGGAGGAGGAUGCCGGCAUGGACCAGUCACUUUCCACCCGGGAACGGAUGUGGAAGAAGGCCAAGCAGCAGGACCUGGCAAGACUGGUUGUCGAGAGACAGAGACAGGGUCGAUGGAUGAGGCUAAACUCUCGGACUUCUUCAUCUAUGUCCUCUGGGGACGAGCCUAGGAGAGCCUCAGAGACUCUGUCCACCACUGGAUCAGAGGAGGACACUCACAAAUCAGAUGAUUCCCUCAAUAAAGUCAAGAAGGAAGUGGGGGAGCAAGGGCGUGACGUGUGGCGCAGCAGGAUCCCUCGACCUGUUACCCCAAUCAAGAGACCUUCCGUUAAACUUUUAGCGACUAUUCCUUCUCCUUUAACAUUGCCAGGAACCAGCACAAUGAAAACAGUACAUACUGCUAGCAAUGGGCCCAAAGCUCUGCAGUCAAGACCAGGUGUCAUCGGUGGUCCUCCUGUGAGAUCCAAAUCCACGUUGUCCCACUGCACCCAGCCCGGGGGGAGUCCACGCAUGCCUCUGCGCUGCAUCUUCACCACGUCCCGCCGCAGUUUAAGCACAGCCCAAUGCACUUUCACCUCCGCCCGGACCACCAGCCCCUCCCCACAGCGUCCAGCUCUCCGGACAGCGGUAAUGGACCCUCGGAGAGCUCCACUCGCCGUUUGCAGCGCUCCGGCGCCGUCCGUGCGACCCAGGACUACCGCAGCCUCUCAAACGCAGACUGUCCCUCACAGCAAGAACCGAACCAAAGCCCCCGCCCCCGCUAAGACCACCGCAAAGGUGAAAAAAAGCACAACUGACAUUCCGGCUGCAGCCAGAUAAUACCCUGUGACUGCCUCUUCACUCGGAUUGGUUUUUUUUUUUGCUUGACUUCAAAGUGUUGCCUCA